AAUUAGUGCUUAUAUAUUGUUAAAUCAAGUAAUGUGGUUUCUCUCGAGUUUAUAAGGCUAAUAUAUGUUAUAUCUAUGUUUAUCGAAGUUGUAAAGAAAAUGGAAAAGUUACUCUGUGUAAGACAUUAUUUUAAUUAUGCCUAAUGCGGCAAUGCCCAUUAUCCCUUGUCUAAAUUAUUCUACUUGUCAGAAUGUCAGUUGUCGGCGAUGAGACUAGGCUUCGCACUAUACAUUGAAACUCGUGGCCGUAGAUAAACAUUUUAUAGAAACUUAUCGCCGAGUAAAAACGUAGUCACGAACUUGACUAAUGAACUGAUAGGUAUAUAGUAUUGCAUCAACUAAGAUAGUUCAUUUUACGCUGUAAAUUAAAAAAAAAAAAAGCAGUUUUUUGAAAGAAAAUACGAGAAUGAAAAGCUCGGAUUCGGUUACGCCACUGGCGGCGGCGGCAAAUUACAGACUAUUGAUCAGACCGCGUGCACAUAUUGCUCCACCCACUACCUCAUCGGCGGCGGUGGUAGUUCAAUUGUCUAAGUUUUAGCCAUUACUGUCGCAGUCGACUGAACACGCGACCACUAGAGAUUCGACGUGAAUAUUACACAGUUUUUGAUGUUAUGGCUGCAGUAUUGCAACAACAAUAUUAAAUAACACACAAUGUUGAGCCGGAUCUACCUGUAGUCUAUACAUAUAAAUCGUAAUCGGCAGACAAGACAUUAAACUACCCUCGCUGCACUUAUUUGUACUAUAGUUGUACCAUACUCAUCAAAAUAUAUCCACUCACCGCGUAACGUUAUCGUCUACCCUCCUUAAUAUAGCCCCCAAAAACAGACGCGUCGUCAUCAUGCCUGCGGCCGAUGAGCAGUGACGUGAGCAGGCGAUUCUCGUCGGCCGUCGGCGGCGGCGGCGGUGGCAGCGGUGGCAGCGGAGGCUGCAAGAAAAUGCGUAAACGGAAGGAACUGGAUGCGUUGACCGGCUGUACGGUGGUUGGCGUCAACCGAAACCGCAGGCUGAUGACAUGCUCAUCCGACUCGGACUCGUGUUCGUCGUCUCGGGCACCGCCUACGCCCAUAAAGUUACGGCGGCAGAUCACACGCAGGCGGAAACGGACGUUUGUUGCUGACACCUGGUGCAGCGCCCUGAGGAUGUUCUUAACGUUCGGCUGUGUCGUGUGGGUCGUGUUCGAGACGUACACAUUUCUUGACGUACGCAAGAUCCAAGCGCAUCUGCAAAUGCAACUUGACGAAGUUGCUGCUGGCAAUCGUGGUGUUCCAGAUGACCUACAAAAAUGUCAUGCUAUGUCUAAACAGCUUCAACAAAACCAGACCGAUAUCUAUCAACGUCUAACAGUGUACGAUGGACAGAUCACAAACUUAACACUACAGGUUGCUAAUUUGGGUUCAAGGUUAUCAUUAGUUGAGAAAAAAAUCAAUGAAAACACCGACUUGUUAUCAAAUCCAGAUGCCACAAAAGACCCAUCUAUAAAAGUCCUAUCAUCAGAAGUUGCAAAACUCGGUAGCACUUAUCAAGACUUAAGUGGCAGUGUAAAAUCGCUCAAAGAUACUACUAGUUCAUUACAGUCAUACCAAACAACAUUAAAAGCAAAUAUUACUUCAAUAAGUGAGAAAUUAAAUAAUGUUGGAAAUAUUAAAACUGAUGAAACUAUGAUCAAUAAUGUGUCUGGAAAGUUACAUGAGCUAAUUGAAAAUAUAAGUUUGAAUGUUACAACCUUGAACCGAACACUUACCAGCCGAAUCGAUUGGUUAUCUGGAGAUCAAAAAACCAACAGGGGAGAAAUAGAAAAAUUGAAAGAGGACAGUCAGAAAUUAAUCGCUCAAGUAAAAACAGUUGACACUAAAUUAACGACAUCAUUUAAUGAAGUGAACUCAAAAGUUAUAUCUCUAAGAACUCAAAUUGACAAGAUUGCAACUAAUGUUACCAGUUUACAUGCUCAAUCAAAUUCUGAUGACUCUCCAACAGGUUCAGGUCAAUUAAAAGGUGAUAAAAAUGGAACUCAGACAAAAUCCUAAUAUUAGUAUUUGUUGUUUUAUUGUAUGUGCACAAUGCUGUUGAAUAAUUUUGUUUUAUUAUUUCUUAAAAUAAUAGUUUAAAUGUUUACGUUUAUAUAAUGAGUCUUAUUUUGGUAUGAAUUUGUUUGAUUUACAAUAAAAAAAAAAUUUAAAAAAUGUACCUAUAAAUAAUUUGUUUAAUAUAUUUGAAUGGACUGUUUGAUAAUAAUAUUUGUAAUAUCUAUUCAAUAUUAAAGUCAAAUUUUGUUUAAAAAAAUCAUUUUAACUGAGAUAUGAUGAUAAUGAUAACUAUGAACUUUAUAUAUUUAAGAAUAGUACUCUUUUUCUAGUUUAUACUUGCAAAAAUGAUAACAAUAAAAAAAAAAAAUAUUUUUCUAUAUUUAUUGUAAUUAAUUUUGUCUAAAUUCAUGAACUUAAGUUAUUGUUUUAUAAAUAAGUAUAAAAUUACAUUAUAGUAGGCCGUAACAUAAAUUUAAACUAAUAACUCAUAGUUUAUAUAGGUUCAGUUGUUAUAGCUGCAAUAAAUUAUUUGAAUCAUAUAACAAUUUCAAAUAAAUUUUAUUAACAUUUUGUUAUAACUAUAUAAUAUAAAUUAUAAUAUCUAAUUAAAAAUAUUAUUCAGUAAGUGAAUUGUUUUUUUUUUUUUUUAAUUAUCAAAUGAUGAUACGUGAUUAUGUUAACAAUUAUACCAGAAUUUAAUAAAAACAUGAAAUUAUGUGUAACA